ACACACAGUUAAAGUAUACUUUAAAAUGCCAUCCUGGAACUCAUUAAAAAUUGUAUGACUUUUAUAUCUGAAGCAACAUGGAGCCAGCAGGAGGAAUAUUGUUAAAAUUCAGUAGUACAGGGUGUUUAACUGAAGUUGGCUUGUGACACCUACCGAAUCCUAAAGACAAUAUUUACUCAAGGAAAAGGGAAUUAGCUCUGUGAGAUACUGCUACUGCAGUGUCAUCGUGGAAAUAAACUGAGGUGACCUCUAUUGAGUUACGGAUUGAAACUACAGGGGUGUUGUCAGAAUGACGUUUUAAUAUUUGGUUUUGAAUAAGAGUUACUUGUCUGGGGAAGAGCAUGAUCUAGGAUGGCACUCAACCGCUGUGUAAGAAAAGGGGAGGGUUCGUUACACAGAGAUGGAUGCCAUUGGAUCUGGCAGGAGCAAGGAAGUUGAGAGCGGAGGAGCAUUUCCUCUGACUGUGCUGCACCUGUAAACCUGUAGUUUUACCUGUUCAACCUGCCUCUGCCUCGCUCUGAGACACACCCCUCAACCUGCAUCUCUUUUGUCAGCUGAACUGCCUGACUUUACAGUAGGGCUAGCUCAUAUACAAGCGCUUGCUCCCAGAAAGUGAGGACACUGAGCUAGCUUUUAGUAGUAGCUGUAGUGUUAGUGAGGUCUGGAGAUUUUGGGAAGGCGAAAGUGAUUUGUGGUAUUCUGUUGUUUCUUUGGGUUGAAUCCAGCCUGAGAGGCUGUUCUCAGACUUUUGACUGACGGCUGACAAGAACCAUUGAAUGGGCUCAACAUGCCAUUAGAAGACACUUAUAACUUUGUCUUUAAAGUGGUCCUGAUUGGAGAAUCUGGGGUGGGCAAGAGCAACCUGCUGUCUCGCUUCACCAAGAAUGAGUUCAACCACGACAGCCGCACUACCAUCGGCGUGGAGUUCAGCACGCGCACGGUGCAGCUGGAUUCCGCCACAAUCAAGGCCCAGAUCUGGGACACCGCCGGGCUGGAGCGGUAUCGGGCCAUCACCUCAGCGUAUUACAGAGGUGCAGUGGGUGCACUGCUGGUCUACGACAUUGCCAAGCAGCUAACAUAUGAGAGCGUGGAGGGCUGGCUGAAGGAGCUCUACGACCAUGCGGACCCCAACAUUGUUGUCAUGUUAGUGGGCAACAAGAGCGACCUGACAUCACUGCGAUCUGUGCCUGUAACAGAGGCGAAGGAAUUUGCAGAGAAGAAGAGUUUGUUAUUCAUGGAGACCUCAGCUUUGGAAUCCACAAACGUUGAGGCUGCUUUCAAUAGCGUCCUUGCAGAGAUCCACAAGAGGGUGAGCGGCAAACAGGUAACGCGUGGGUCCUUCAGCGCUGGGGCCCUGUCCCCCCAGGCUCCCGUGCCUCGAGUAAACCAGGAGGAGAAAAGGGCCUGCUGCUGAAGCCUCUGAAGGACAAUUCAGAGGGUGGGCUUAGAGAAGGGGAUGCUGGGACACAGUACCCCCAUUUUUAUCGUGUCCAUUAAAGGGACCAGGCUGUGUAAUAUUUGUGCAAAAUGAGGGUGUGACACUUGCCAAGAAAUGUUCUGUUCUGAGAGAUAACAGAAUGGGGAAAUGUGUGGACUGCGAGGAUUGUUGAUUUUGAUUUUGAUUAGUUAAAAUGUAUAGUGACCCAACAGACAAAAAACUGUCCUUGUUGUUCAAUUGAAAAAUUGUACAUAUGUUUUUGUAAGUAGGAAACAGAAUUUUUCUUUUUUUUUUUUUUUGGAAAAUUUUUUUUAAAGCCAAAAUAUUUCAUUCAUAAAUAGAAAAAUAUUGCCAAAUAUUGGCUAACUGAUGAGAGAAAUCCAGAUCUUUGUAUUGUUUAUACUCAUAUGAUUCUUUGAAAUUUCCAUAUAUGAAGAGGGUUGUUAUAUGUAAUUAUAAAGAUAUAUCAAAUGCGAAAUCAAAGUAUGUUUUUUUACAUUGUAUUACUGUACAUCCCGCUACAUAAUUUCUAUUUUAACUUCUCAUUCACCAUGAAGUGUACAUGACAUUUACUUUAAGUGAUAUUUCACUGCUGUUGAUGAUAAUUAUGAUAAUUAUGAUUAUUUAUCAUUAUGUACAAGAAAAACAUUUGUUGAAAUUUCAUUUUCCUCCAAGGAGCUGACAUAUUCGAGCUAUGAAACCUCUCUGUGGUGUUCAACUAUUCGUACUGGAAAUUUGAUUAAAUAAAAUUGGUAGGUUGUAAAA